AUGGCCGAAGACAUGGAUAUUGACGGCCCCGGCGGCGUCAAGAGAAAGGCGCAAGACGAGCCUGACGAGCCCCGGCCGCCGCGUCGAAUAAAGGCCUUGGAUACAGACGUGGUCAACAAAAUUGCGGCCGGCGAAAUCAUCGUGGCCCCGGUUCACGCCCUCAAGGAGCUCAUUGAAAACGCCGUGGACGCCGGGUCGACGGCCUUGGAUAUCCUGGUCAAGGACGGCGGCCUGAAGCUCCUGCAAAUCACCGACAACGGCAGUGGCAUACAGAAAGACGAUCUCGCCAUCCUGUGCGAGCGCCACACCACGUCCAAGAUUGCGGCAUUCGAGGACCUCGCCUCCAUCGGCACCUAUGGCUUCCGGGGAGAGGCCCUGGCCAGCAUCAGCCACAUAGCCCACCUGGCCGUCACCACAAAGACAAAGGACUCGCCUCUGGCAUGGCGCGCCCAUUACCUCGACGGCAAGCUCGCCCCGCCCAAGCCGGGACAGCCCGCGGAGCCCAAAGGAGUCGCUGGUCGGCCCGGCACGCAAAUCACCGUCGAGGACCUGUUCUUCAAUGUGCCGACACGCCGCAGGGCCUUUCGCUCGCACGCCGAAGAGUUCAACAAAAUCGUCGACCUCGUCGGCCGCUACGCCGUCCACUGCACCCGCGUCGGCUUCACCUGCAAAAAGGCCGGCGACUCGAGCAGCAGCCUGUCUGUGCAAGCGCACGCCACUGCUAUUGACAGGAUCCGCCAGAUCUACGGCAGCAACGUCGCCAAUGAGCUCAUUGAAUUCUCCACGCGGGGGGACCGCUGGGGCUUCAGAGCUCACGGCCUCGUCACAAACGCAAACUAUCACAUCAAGAAGACGACGCUUUUGCUCUUCAUCAACCACCGCUCCGUCGAGUCGACCCAUAUCAAAAAGGCCGUCGAGCAGAUUUACGUCAACUUUCUGCCCAAGGGCGGCCACCCGUUUGUCUACCUCAACCUCGAGAUUGAUCCGGCUCGCGUCGACGUCAAUGUCCACCCGACCAAGAGGGAAGUGCACUUUCUCAACGAGGAUGAAAUCAUACAAGCUGUGUGCACGCAGAUCCAAGUAGAGCUGGCGGCUGUCGAUACCAGCCGCACGUUCAAGACCCAGACACUACUCCCCGGCGCCAAGCCCGUGGAUGACUCCACGUCGGACGACGCCGCGCCCCGGCUCGCGGUCACGGGAAAGCGGCGCAGGAACUCCAACGAGCUCGUAAGGACAGACACGUCCGUGCGUAAGAUCACGAGCAUGUUUACCCUUGCAGAUGCCAGCGAGGGUUCCAGCAGCCGCGAUGACGAGCCGCUGGCGGUUCCAGAAAACGUCGAGUACGAGGCCAGUGACCGCGAGCCAGUCCAUUGCCGUCUGAGGAGCGUCAAGGAGCUGAGAAGCGAGGUUCGCGUCGACAUACACAACGAGCUCACGGAGAUAUUCGCGUCACACAGCUUUGUCGGCGUUGUAGAUGAGCGCCGGCGGCUGGCGGCGAUCCAAGGCGGAAUCAAGCUGUAUCUGGUCGACUACGGACACGCCUGCUUCGAGUACUUUUACCAGCUGGGGUUGACAGACUUUGGGAACUUUGGUGCCAUCCGCUUCAGUCCGCCGCUUGCGCUUAGGCAGCUGCUGACAAUGGCGGCCGAGGCGGAGAAGACGAUGCUGGGGGCGACAGACGAGGACUUCGACGUCGAGGCCGUUGUAAACAAGGUGGCGGACCAGCUCAUCGAGCGACGGGAGAUGCUGCAGGAGUACUUUUCCCUCGAGAUCUCCCCCGCUGGCGAGCUCCUCUCCAUCCCCCUCAUGGUCAAGGGCUACACGCCGCCCAUGGGCAAGUUGCCCCGGUUUCUGCUCCGCCUGGGCCCGAACGUGACGUGGACAGAGGAAAAGGGGUGUUUCCGAACCUUCCUCCGAGAGCUGGCGACUUACUACGUCCCCGAGCAGCUGCCCGCGGCGUCUGAAGCGGGCGAGGGGCAGGAGGCGAUGCCGGCGGACGUGAGGGCGAGGAGGCAGCAUGUGCGAUGGGCGGUCGAGCAUGUUCUGUUCCCCGCCUUUAAGGCGCGGCUGGUGGCGACCAAGUCGCUCAUGGAAGGGGGGGUUUUGGAAGUGGCUGAUCUGAAGGGACUCUAUCGCGUGUUUGAGAGGUGCUGA